AUGACUAGCCCCGCACCGGCGGUCAAGCCCGCCCUCGAGAGCCCCGUCCGGAUGCUGCGCUCCCUCGCGUCUGCAGCGUCCUCCCUCAUUGGUCGCGCGGGGGCCCUCCGUCUUUCACGAACAGCUACGACUUACGACGAGCCUCUUGACGACCUCCAACCUUCCCCGGGGCCAUUUCAGAUUCAUGAUCGCUGCCUUGUCCGUCGCUUCAAACGCGGCGCCUAUUCUGCAUGGGCCCCCGCCGAAGUCAUUGGCAUAUGCCCCGUGCAUCCCAACCUCGAGGCGAGGGGAGAGUUCCUGUACGAAGUACACUGGUUCCGCGACUCCGGGCGCGCACAGAUGAUCGGACGCUUCUCCCUCCUCCGAGGAGAGAUCACCUUCCCACCUGAAGCGCGAGGGGACCCCACAGGAAGCAGGAGGAAGCGACGUGGGCUGCGGCGGCAUAGUGGCGGGGACUUGGGGCGGAGGAGUACAUCCUUCGAGUCAUCGGAAAAGGUCUUGGUACACGUCUCAUACAGGCAAGGAGAAUACGUCUGGAUGCCUGCACUUGUCGUGAAACGACACCCCAAAGAAACGCGCGCCGAGUACAGCAUCCGCGUCACCGCUGGUCCCCUGCGCGGUCUCGAGACGCGCUACGCCGGCCCUACCUUCUACUAUCACCUCGCCAACGUCGAGAUGCUCCGAGAGAAGGGCUACAAGGUCGUCUCCGAAGAAGACGUCGACGAGUUCGGCAUGUCGAACUGUCCUGAAUAUACCCGUUGUUCUCUCAAUUCACGCUGGUGA